CACUUCACUACCAAUUCACAAUGGCCAAGUCUAAGAAGGGCAGCAAGAAGGGCAUGCGUGGCAAGCUUGCCGACAAGAUCAAGGGCUCGUCGUACGACUCGUACGAUGCCUCGUACGACGCCUCUUACGAGUCGUCCUACGCCGCCGGCGACUUUGCCUUUGGCCUCUGCGACUGCUGCGACGACUGGAGCACUUGCUGCUUUGCUCUGUGGUGCCUUCCGUGCCAGCAGCAGCAGACGCAUGCUUGGCUCGAGAACCGCCACCCCGAGUGCUGCCCGGAGUGGUCGGUGGGUACGCUCAUGUGCCUGCUUCCGUACGUCGGCCAGCUCGCCACCAUGUGCUGCGUCGGUUUCGACCGGAACACGAUCAAGGAGAAGUACGGCAUCGGCUCGGGCACGUUUGACUGCUGCGACUGCCUCGCCACUGUCUUCUGCACCUGCUGCGCUGCCAUCCAGCAGGCGCGUGAGAUCCAGUCGCGCGGUGACGUCCCGCGGCCGAAGACCCGCUCCUCGUCGCGCAAGGGCAAGGGCCGCGGCGGCAAGGGCCGCGGUGGCAAGGGCAGCAGCAAGGGCCGUGCCAAGGGCAAGUCGUCCCGCUCGCGCUCGCGUCGCUGAGCUGGUUCAUCGUGAUCGCGCUUGAGCGCCGGCCGCUCUUCUUCCAGAGGGGCUCGCGCCGCCACACGAUAAAUGACCAACCUCUAGCACA